UCUCUCCACAGCUUUCCCUUUCUCUCACCACACCACCUAAAAAUCCAACAUUUUCCGCCGACUGCCCGGGAAAACACACGUCCACAACAAUGGCGGGCAAUCCGGCGCGGCGCCCUCACGCUAUCAUGAUCCCCUACCCCUACCAAGGCCACAUCAACCCCUUCGUCUCCCUCGCCGUCAAGCUCGCCUCUCACGGCUUCACAAUCACCUUCAUCAACACCCAAUCCGUCCACCGCCGCAUUUCCCACGCCCAGACCGGCGCCGGCCGCGCCGAUAUUUUCUCCGGCGCUAGAGAUUCCGGCCUCGACAUUCGCUACGCUACCGUCUGCGACGGCUUCCCCCUCGGCUUCGACCGUUCCGUCAACCACGACCAAUUCGUGGAGGGCUUGAUUCACGUCUUCUCCGCCCACGUCGACGAGCUCAUUUCCAAUUUGGCUGACUCCGAUCCUCCGGUCACCUGCUUGAUCGCCGACACCUUCUACGUUUGGGGCUCCGAUAUCGCGCGCAAGUUCAAUUUAGUCUACGUUUCCUUCUGGACCGAGCCGGCGCUCGUUUUGUCGCUCUAUUAUCACUUAGAUCUCCUCCGGAAGAAUGGCCACUUCGGCUCCCAAGCCAAACGGAAAGACAUGAUUGAUUACAUACCGGGAGUUGGAGCAAUGAAGCCGACGGACUUGAUGUCGUACCUCCAAGCCGACGACAUAUGCACCGUGGUGCAUCGCGUGAUUUACCGAGCUUUCGAGGAUGUUAAGAAGGCGGAUAUAAUAAUCUGCAACACGGUUGAAGAGCUCGAGCUCAGCACGCUCUCAGCUCUCCACCGGAAGCAGGCUACGUACGCCAUUGGCCCCAUUGUCUCGGGCUUCAGCAAUCAGGGCGUGGCCACGAGCCUGUGGUCUGAAUCAGACUGCACGCCAUGGCUCGACAGCAAGCCCAACCGGUCUGUUCUGUACGUGUCAUUUGGGAGCCAUGCUCACACCACUAGCAAGCAAGAGAUUUGGGAGAUAGCACGCGGGCUCUUGCUCAGCGGUGUGAACUUCGUGUGGGUGAUCCGGCCCGACAUUGUGGACUCGGACGAGGCUAACUUCUUGCCUCCCGGAUUUGAGAGCGGGAUGAAGGGCAGAGGGCUGAUUGUGCAGUGGUGCAGCCAGAUUAAGGUCAUUUCACAUCCUGCGAUUGGGGGGUUUUUGUCGCACUGUGGAUGGAACUCGGUGCUGGAAAGCAUAUGGAGUAGGGUCCCUCUGAUAUGCUUCCCUUUGUUCACUGAUCAGUUUACUAAUCGAAAAUUAGUGGUUAACGACUGGAAGAUAGGGAUUAAUCUCUGUGAUAGGGCUUCGAUCAUGCGGGAUGAAGUUGAGGAGAAGAUCAAGUAUUUGAUGAGCGGGGAGUCUUCGGAGGAGUUGAGGAAUGCGAUCAAGGAGGUGAGUAGGACGUUGGAGUACGCGGUGACGAGUGAUGGAUCGUCUGAGAAAAACUUUAGGGUGUUUAUGGAAGACAUAAAGGCCAAUAUCAAGAAAAAAGCAGGGGUGGCCUUUGAUGUUCAAGACCAAACCAUAGGCCAUGUCUGGGCUCCCACAGCAGUUAAGCAAACAAUUGUUAGCUUGUCUGGUAAUUUAAACUAAUGGCCUAAAUUCGGCCGUUGAUUCAGUUUUUGAUGAUUUGUAUGAUUGAAUUGAUGUAGAGAAGAAAUUAAACAUUUGAUCUUUUAUAACCUUGUAAAUAGUAGCUUAUUGAUUAUGUUAACUAAUUUGCCUCAUUCCAUUUGUCCAAUACAUAUGUAAAUUUAUGAUAUUCAAGUUUAAUUAGUGUGCUUUAUGUUCGGUUUCA